AUGUAACUAAAUAAUCCCUAGGAUUUUAUUCUUGAGGGUGAUAGCUUUAGUGAUGAUAGCGAUGAUGAUGAAGAUGAAGAUGAAAAUAGUGAUGACGAUUAGGAUAACUAAGAUAAUAAUUAAGAGACUGAGUAAAAAGAAACUAACUUUUACAGCACAUAGGAAUGUAUACUUCCUUAGAUAUCAUUAAAAUUUAAACAUGCAACUACCACAUUUAAUAUUCAUGAAAUUGGUCAUUUUGAAGCAUCAGAUUAAGAGGAAGAAAAAAAACUAAGGUUUAAAUCGAAUAAUAGAAGAUGA